AUGUUUCUGCCUUUUUUUACAAAAAAAAAAAAAAAAAAGGAUGUAUACUAUGAAGUAAAAUGUUUCAGACUUUUUCAGUCACGCAUCUUUUUUCAUCCCAUCCUUCAAGGCACCUGGUGCCAAGGAUUGCAUGUGUGGGAAAAGCCCUUUGCUCACGUCACGUCACAGCGAAUGGUAAGCUUCAGCAGUGUUUGCUUAUCCAUCCUCAGCCAUUUCUGGAGUAUUCUCCCCGUGGAAAGGGCCCUUCCGGGAACGCGGUUUCUUUUUCAUCAGCAGCUGCAGUUAUUUCGGGACCUCAGAGAACAUGCCAACCGCCAGGUGGCAGUGUAG